UUCCCCAUCCACUCUUCAGCCGCACAGUUUCAGCCUGUCUACGACAAUGCGUGACAAUCUUGAUGCAAAAACAAUAUUAUGAACCUUAUAGACUCGAAAGAAGCAGAUAAAUCAACCCAGAUAUAUUCCGAAGCCCCACCAUGUGAGACAUGCACACAUCCUUGCCCCCGCUCGCGUAUGAACUCCUGGCGAUCAACAACGCCUAAGCAGUUGGCAGAGACUUCCGCCAAGGGAUGCUUGACCUGUACAUUGUUUCUUCAAGGAAUAAAAGCAUGUGCUGGCACAAGAUCAGGAGAUGAGAAGCUGAGAAUUCAAUCUGGCUUGGAUGGGUCGGGAUCGCGGGUUUUGCAAGUUAAGCUUGUGCUCCGGCCAGCGGCAACACUCUCGUUUUAUAGGUCACCAGCUAUUCAAUUAGAUGCCUAUACUGGACUGAACACGUGGCCGCUUGGCUAUGAUAUUCCGACUUCUACGUCAUCGGGAGAGAGUCUCACCUGGGCGAUGGGUCAGCUCGAGAAGUGUGAGAGACAUAGUAUCUGUAACACUGGCGGCAGUACUGUGCUACCUAAUCGUGUCCUAUACAUUUCAGAGCAAGACUACCACAGUGUUAGGCUUCUCACAACUAAUGGGACCGUGAUGGGGGUGUAUGCUUGCUUAAGCCAUUGUUGGGGUAGCGACCCAGAGCGGAUUCCAAAAACGUUGAAGUCUACAUUACGAAGCUACAACGACCAAAUACCGUGGCAGUUGCUUUCCAAGAAAUUUCAGCAGACGAUUGAGUUCCUCUCUAAAAUUGGAAUUCGAUAUCUCUGGAUCGACAGUCUCUGUAUUAUCCAGGAUGACCCCCAAGACUGGCAAACCGAGGGAGCCAAGAUGGAAUCUAUAUACGCAAACGCAAAUCUAACUAUAGCUGCCGCCUACUCCUCUCACCCAGACGAAGGGAUAUACUCAAAAAAUACUACCACAAAAUUCAAGGCACAAGAGCUGGUUCUGGACGGCAAUGCAAACUCAGGCCUAUUUUGUCGGCCAUCUAUUGAGCAUAUCCAUCAUGAGACUAGUGCAUACAAUCCAAUGGACGACCUAUUUUAUUUCCUUCUCGCAGAUAAGUACGACAAACAAGAGCCAAUCGACGAAUUUCCACUCUUACGCCGUGCAUGGGUUUUACAGGAGCGCUUCUUAUCGCCGCGUACGCUCUACUUUGGCGCAAACGAGCUUCUUUGGGAGUGCCUGGAACAUAGAAGCUGCCAAUGCGCUGAAAGCAUGGAUUUUAGCGAGCCCCAAGGCCAGACAUUGGACGGCAAAGUCAUCGAGGUUGCCAUAUCGGAAGAGCUAAAAUGCGCUGUGAAUCCGAAACGCUCAUACAGUCCAGCUGCCCUGCAGCUUUUGAACGCUGAAAACGGACCUGAAGCCGUGGUAAAGAAGUGGCUGGCCUUGGUCGAUGAAUAUUCUACGCUGCAGAUGACAUAUCCGAAAGAUGUAUUUCCGGCACUAUCUGGGUUAGCAAAGGCGUUUGGAAAGAUUCUUCAGACAGAGUACCACGGCGGACUGUGGCGCAACCUUUUGACCAUGGGCCUACUGUGGAAGGCGAAAUCUGUGAAUCAUCGACCAGAGAGGUGGCGGGCACCAUCUUGGUGCUGGGCAAGUGUGAAUUCACCAGUGUCACACUUUCUAGCUAAUAAGUUAGACGGCAAGCAGGAGGACCUGUGCUAUGUCUUGCGUGUUAGUUGCACUCCCGCAGGCGCAGAUCCUACUGGUGAAAUCCAGGACGGUCAUGUUGUGCUUCAAGGAUUGGCGGUGGAAACGGAACUGCAAUACAAACCGGGAAGAAAGACCAAUUGGGAUAUAUUCGAUCUCGAUUUCAUGUACCAAAAGGGAGGUAAUGUAUAUGCAGACUAUGUUACGUACGAUAGCGUUCCGGCAGGCACGCGGAUUGUGUGUUUCCUUGUGGCUAAGACAGUGCCCCAGAAUGACUACAUGUUUCUGAUUCUUCGGCGCACAAGCCAGUCAAGCGACAAUGAGGGUUACGUCGAGUAUGAAAGGAUAGGGAUAGUUGAAUUAUAUGAGCGCCAGAAUGGUCUGAAGGAUGUGUUUGAUGACUAUAUACGGCCGCGCUCGAAAGAGGCAGUGGUGAUGAUUGUUUAAAUAUCACGAACAUAUGUAUUCGCCCUAGACUAUAUACUCGUAUAGAGACAUUAUAUACACUAGAGUCGUAGCC